UUUGCCUGCCCAUUAAGAAGGAAAUGCGUCACACAUUUAUCGUACAAGCAACCAUUUUCAUGAGCAGAUCAAAAGCUUGACCUCCAAGAAUGCCACAUUAAACUCGUUCUUUCCCUGGUUUAGUUUAGACAAAACAGCAAACACCUAGGGUGCGAGUCAUCCUGGGCCAGUGAAGUGAUCAUUAUUGUUUCAUUCUGAUCCAUGGUUAGAAAAUUUGCUUCUGACUCACGAUCCUCAAACGUGCAAGCAUCUACCAAGACGCGAUCGAGAUCGUGCUCUGUCCCAGCUAGUUAUAUAAUGGGGGUUCUGUUGGUUGUGGCAAAACAACAAACGGCUGUUGGGAUGGAGAAUUGAUUGGUCAUGUCGAGUGAGCUGGGGGGCAUCGCGAGGAGGUGGAGGCGACUCCAAGGCGAGGACGGGUGGAAGGGGCUGCUGGAGCCGUUGGACGCCGACCUCCGGCGGAGCCUGGUGCUGUACGGUGAGCUCGAUCAAGCGCUGUACGACGGGUUCAUCCACGAGCGAAAGUCGCGGUUCGCCGGCGCGCCGCGGUACGCGCAGCGGGGCUUGCUGGAGAAGUCCGCGCUGACGCAGGGGCAGGCGGGGACGUACCGCGUGACGCGGUACUUGUACGCGAUGUCGGGGCUGGGGCUUCCGGAGUCGCUGAUCGUGACGUCGCUGGUGCCGGACGCGUGGACCAAGGCGUCGAACUUCAUGGGGUACGUGGCCGUGGCGACCGACGAGGGGGCGGCGGCGCUGGGGCGGAGGGACGUGGUGGUGACCUGGCGAGGGACGCAGAUGCCGCUCGAGUGGGUCAACAACUUGGACUUCACGUUGGUGCCGGCGCCGGAGGUUCUGGGGACGAGUGAGCCGCGGGUACAUCGCGGCUGGCUCUCCCUUUACACUUCUGCCGAUCCGACGUCGCCGUACAACAAGACGAGCGCCCGACAGCAGGUGCUGGAGGAAGUUCGAAGGUUGGUCGACGAAUACAAAGACGAGCAGAUGAGCAUCACCGUCACCGGCCACAGUCUCGGCGCCGCCAUCGCCACCCUCAACUCCAUCGACAUCGUCAUAAACGGCAUCAACCGCCCUUCCUCCUCCUCCUUCUCCUCCUUUUCCUGUCCUGUCUCUGCCUUCGUCUUCGCCAGCCCUCGCGCCGGCGACCUCCAGUUCAAACAGCUCUUCACUCAGCAGUCGGAUCUCCACCUCCUCCGCGUCCACAACGUCCCUGACAUCGUCCCUAAAUACCCGAUCUCCCCCUACGUCGACGUCGGCGUCGAGUUGCUCAUCAACACCCUGUUUUCCACCUACCUCAAGCAGCCCGGCAACGUCGACGCCUGGCACGACCUCGAGUGCUACCUCCACGGAGUCGCCGGAGUUCAGAACGGGAGAAACCCGAGCUUCAAGCUCGCCAUCGACCGUGACAUCGCGCUGGUCAACAAGGGCACCAACGCGCUCAGGAAUGACUUCCUCGUCCCCGGCUCGUGGUGGGUCCCUAAGAACAACAGCAUGGUCAAGGACGCCGACGGCCACUGGAAGCUGGAAGACCACGAAGAAGACGACGACGCUUAAGAAAGAAGCAGAUAUUAAACUAAUAGAAAUAUUACUACAUUUUCAAGAUCAGAUUUCACUUUAUUUUUGCAAAUGCAUUUGCCUCUGUUUCUUUAAUAAAUUUUGGUACCAUCACUUUUUUCUCCGAUAAAGUUAGUACC